AUGGGCGAAGAUUAUGAACAUUGUGAGGUCGACCUUCAUCCACAAUCCUGUAUGAGUAGCCUCCCUGAAUUUGAUGUCGAAGGCCUGCGGUUGACGAGAGACGGCGAUUUAGAAGAGUCCACCAUCGAAAGGGUUGAAGAUUGGAAAUUGGAGACCAGAGACUUCUUUCUCAUUACUAGAAGCCAUUGGUUCGCAGAGAAGAUGAUAGAAGCGUCUCCGUUCUCUUCGUUGGACCACGCAACGUCCUUUGCAAGGCAAUUGUGGUUCAAAGAGUCCCGCAUACAAUCAUGGUUGGAUGCGUUCUCUGGACAAAGUCACCUUUUUCGAGCCAUUAGUUAUGCACCUGGUUCAAUGAUAAAGGAAAUGCUUCAUUGGGACCGAAAGUACCGGGCUAAAUUUGGGUUUGAGUUUAUAACAAGUACGGAAAAGUGGUGCUCACAGGAAAUACUUGACGAGGUGAAGUCACGCUAUGAGAACUCUCUUGUUGUUGAACUGGAUUAUGCAGCACAGAAGGAAUUUAAACUCAUAGCAGUGGGCCUUGAGCGACUAUGGGAUAGUAAGAAAGACUCGGAUUUUGUACUGUUUAUAUGUUCUGUUUAUGUCUAA